AAAUUAUUUUGAUUGGAUUAUUUAUUCAAAUGCAUCGUUACAUACACACAUUUCACAAAGGAAAACCGUCAAACUGUCAUUUCUCCCCCACCUCCGUUUUUGUUAGUCCCUUUAAUGGAGAAUUAUUUUCACUUUUGUGAUCGAAAGUAGGACAUUUAUUUCCCCCCCCCCCCCGAAUCCUGAUGAAAAGCAAGGAAAAGGUGGGAAGCGAAGGAAGGAAGGAAGGAAGGGAAGUAGUGAAUGAGUGACGAGGUGGUGAGUCAAGGGAGAGAAAGAAAAGCUGACGAGGCGGCAGGGAGCAAGCGGGCGAGCGAGCGUCACAGACAGAAAGCGAGAGAGAGAGAGAGAGAGAGAGAGAGAGAGAGAGAGAGAGAGAGAGAGAGAAGCUUUGACUUUGAGAGAAAUGAGCACAUGGGGUCCAGACGUUGUGCUGAGGACCAGCAGAGGAUUUCAGUUGUGGUUCUCUUGGGUUCUUCUCAUUGCAAACGUCUUGCGCAACCCGAGCAGGUUUUGGUUAGUUUUGUUGUUGUUUUUUUUGCCCCGGAGCAUUAUGGUUGUCGGGCAGAAGCGUCUGGGUCUGCUGGUACAGAACUUGAGGUCCGCUUCUUUUGUGGAGUUCGGCAAUCACACGGGGAAACAAGUGGUGGAACCCAGCGCCAAGCGCAGCAAAGCGCUGGUCUCCAGGGUAACGUCUCUGGCCAGCCUGCUGCCUCCCAUCAAGACGGCGCCGCUCAAAAGGUUCGGCCGGACGCUGCAGCGCUCCAUCAGCUUCCGAACAGAGCGAGCUCUUCCUCCGCCGCCGCCGCCGCCGCCGCCGCCUGCCGCUUCCUCCUCGUCCUCCUCCUCCAUGAAGACGCGAGCGAGCUCAGCGGUCAAGUCCGACUCUUCUUCUUCUUGCACCGCCGCUUCCGCCUCCACCGCGUCCAGGGUUUCCACGGCGACCGGCCCGGCCGCCAAGCGUCGCGACAGCAAACUCUGGAGCGAAACCUUCGACGUCCACCUGGGGGCCGCGCACGCGCUCAGCCCCAAAGACAUCAAACGACAGGAGGCCAUUUUCGAACUAGCUCAGGGUGAGCAAGAUCUGGUGGAGGAUCUCAAAUUGGCGAAGAAGGCCUACCACGACCCCAUGCUGAAGCUGUCCAUCAUGACCGAGCAAGAACUCAACCAGAUCUUCGGUACCCUGGACUCCCUGAUCCCCCUGCAUGAAGACCUGCUAAGUCGCCUUCGCUCGGCCCGGAAACCGGACGGAUCCACGGACCGCGUCGGCCAGAUCCUGACCGACUGGCUGCCGUGUCUGUCGUCCUACACGGCGUACUGCAGCAACCAGGUUUGGGCCAAGGCCUUGCUGGACCAGAAGAAGCAGGACCGGCGGGUGCAGGACUUCCUGCAGCGCUGCCAGCAGUCGCCCUUCAGCAGGAAGUUGGACCUGUGGAACUUCCUGGACAUCCCGCGCAGCCGGCUGGUCAAGUACCCGCUGCUGCUCAGGGAGAUCCUCAAGCACACGCCCGACCGCCACCGGGACCGCCCGCACUUGGACCAGGCGGUGCUGAUGGUCCAGAGCGUUGUGGCCGACAUCAACCGACGCACGGGCGAGUCCGAGUGUCAGUUCUACAAGGACCGGCUGCUCUACGCCGACGCGGGCCACAGGGACGCCCUCAUCCGACGCUCCAAGACGCUCAGCUGCCACGGCGAGCUCAAGAACAACAGAGGACUGAAGCUCCACGUGUUCCUGUUCCAGGACGUGCUGGUCAUCACCCGGUCCGUCUCGCUCAACGAGCAGCCCGUCAGCUACCAGCUGUGCCGGCGGCCGAUACCCAUCCGCCAGCUGGACCUGGAGGACCUAUCAGACGGCGAGAUGAGAGCGGGCGGGUCCAUCCGGGGAGCUUUCAGCAACAACGAGCGCACUAAGAACUUCUUCCGCGUAUCGCACCGGGUCUGGGACGGUCCGCCGCAGAGCCACUGCUUCCAGGCCAGCGACGCCUUCAACAAGCAGCAGUGGAUCAACUGCAUCCGCCAGGCCAAGGAGGCGGCGGAGGAAAAUGGACCGUCUUCGGCAGAAGACGUCAUGGCGGAGACAGAGACGGAACCGGAGACGGAGGACAACAAAAGGCCGUGGGAGGAAGGAGAGAACAGGACAGCGAGGAAAGCGGACACAGGAAGCGAGGCCGCCAUGGACACGGAGACGGAGCAGGUCGAGUUGGAGGACGACGUAGGGGAGAAAGAGGCUGAGGAGGAAAACGACGAGGCGUUCGACAUGGAUGCCAGUGAUGAGGAGAACAUACCAUGUUGAUCUUUGCACUUCACAAACUACCAGGAAUGUUUUGUAACCGUGGCGACCAGAGACAACAAUGACAAAGAGACAUGACACAAAACUGACUGCACUCCCUUUAAAAGCCAGAAAAGCGGACAUCCCCCCCCCCAUCUCGCUGUUUCGGAAUGCGAUGGGACAAAGUACACACGGGAAUGUUCCACCUUCAGAUGUAGCUUCAGAUGCGUAAAAGAGGUGGCAUGAAGCCUGUACGGAAGGGUAUUCCACAAUUAACGCCCAACACGGACUUCUCUUCACUGGAUUCUUAAGGAUCAAUUGCAUAUUUUCUGUUUUAGCUCUGAUGCGGACGUUUUGCGAGGUUUCCGUGUGAAAGGGGCCAAUCAUCAAAACCUCAUCCGGGAUUUUCGCACUGUCUAUCACACUCACGGCGAUAACGUAUUUAUUAUUAUUCAUGAAUCGUCUCACACGGUGCGGCCUGCUGUGUUGUUAUGAUUAGGAUGAUGCGUUUACUGUUAAAAUUGUCACAAAGUCAAAUCAAACAUUGCUGCAUUUCAAAAUGCGACCAAAUGAAUGACAAUCUCAGAAAGACUCUACUGUGUAUUUCCGUAACUGCUGUUUUAUAUGUCUAUAUAUGUACGUGGAUGGAGGAAUAAAGCCGUUCAUAUCUGU